CCGGUUACGAAAGUUACCUCCCUUUUAUAAAAAGUCGCCACGAAGAAUAAUAUAUGUAUAACAACAAACACGAUACUUUGUGAAGAAUACGGGCAAAAUGGGUGCAGCAUGAAUAAGGAUAUAUUUUCAGCAAAAUAAUUCCAACUUGUAUAAAGAACAAAUCCUGAAAAUAUUUCAGCUCACUUUAAAAUCUUCGAACAGAUUCUCUGAAGUCAAAAUAAUGCUGUGAUCAGAACUUGCAGUAUGUUUAGAAUUUGUAGACUGAAAACAAUUUCAGUCAUUUUAUGUACUGAUAGUGCUAAUUCUGUAGAAACUGGGUAAUACAUAUUGAAAUUCUCCAUUUUUAUGGUUCAUUCAGAAGUAAGCAAAUUGAAAGAAGAAGAUGAAUCACAUUUGUAGUGUAGUGAGCUCUAUGUUAAAUAGAUCAGAUUCUGACAUGUACAUUUGUGGAGGAUGUAGAGAAACAUUCAGCACCAUUUGCUUGCUUCACCAGCACAUGACCGGGCAUAGUUCAGGUGGUUCGUACCAUUUCGAUAACAUUAUUAACGUUGCAUUUCCUAAAUAUGAUUCAACAUGUACAUCAACGCAGACAGACGAAAUACAGACAAAUUAUCUUCAACAGAUGGAGUUUGCUGAAAGGGUUGAGCAUUUAGCAGAUGUUAGACAGAAGAGGUUGGCUGAGCCAGGGGAAACUAAAGAUGAAGCUAAGUAUAAAGAUGCACAUCUAGGACCACUCGACGGUAAUACAGAUGUGAACAAAUUAAGGCUAUCAGUGGGAAGAGAUGAAAGUUUAGAAAAUGAAAAAAAUGAAUUAUUUUCUGCUACAGAUACCAAUGAAAGCAGAUAUACUGGUAAGAUAUAUACCAUAGGAGAGUGCUUUGUGAGGAUCAAGAAGCUUACUGAAGGUGAUCUAAAUUCAUUGAUGCGAGAGAAGAAUGAAAUUAAACACGAGCCAAAUUUCAAACAGAUAAAGAGAAAUUCAGCUGUUUGCUCUACAGAAUCACCACCAUCUCAUUUUACUGACAUUUUGCCUGAAAUUAAUGAAAAUAAUAUUGAUAGUCCUAGUGGUCAUAUUGAAGAAGAUGAUGAUGUUGAUGAUGAGGACGACGACUGUGAUAUUAACAAUUAUUUAGAAGAAAAUAUGCAAGAAAAUUCUAGUAAUUUUGAAAGGAAUGAACAGACAACGGAUCUUGUUUUUAAAAGUCCAGAGACCGUGUCAUUCUGUAAGAAAAUUAGAAAGAAAAUUACUAUGUCUGAACCAGAAAAUUAUGUUAGUGCAAUAAGUACCAGGAAAGAAAAAGGAAGAUUUAAGGAAAGCCUACGGAAGAUAAAGAACAAGAAACAGAACUUGGAAGAAGAUACCAUAAAGGCCGACAAUUUUUCAACUGACAAACAAGAAGGUCAACCAGAAAUUGAAAAUGAUUUUGAUCAUGACAUUGAUAAUAUUGUAAAUAUGGAUAGUGAUGAAAAUGUGUCUCAAACUUUGAAGGAAAAAGAAUAUUUCUAUGGUACAAUUACUUUUCAGGACUUCAUAAUUGAAAGAAUUAAGCCUACCGGGAUAUUUUUUAAAGGUGAAAAAGACGAUCAUAACCAGGUUCAUGUGGAUGACACAUGGCUCCCCAGUAAUGCAAUGAUAAAUGUAAGUGUAUCAUCUGCUAACAAGCAUAGUUUUGAUGGAAGGUGUUAUGGGUUAAAUGAAGAUGUUGAUAUUAGUGAUCUUUCGAAAGAAGAAGUAAAAAGCUUGAGGAAAAAAUUGAAGUACAAACAAAGGCCUAAGUUGAUUUGUAACGAGUGUGGUAAAUCUUUCAAACACACACACCAUUUUGAAGGUCACAUGAAUUUGCAUGCUGGGCAUAAACCGUACAUGUGUCAUUACUGCGGAAAAUCUUAUCCCAAAAAAUCAACGCUGCAAACGCAUGAGCAACAUAAACAUUCAGACAAGAAUACCUGGUUCAAGUGCUCUAUUUGUAAUGAAAAACGGUUUCCAACUGCAGCAAGGCUGAGACUUCAUGAAGACACACAUUCGACUGAUUAUAUACACAUAUGUCACACAUGUAACAAGUCAUAUAAGAGUUUAAACCUAUUGAAAGCUCAUGUUGAAUAUUCACACAAUAACAAAAACUUCAGAUGUAAUCAUUGUAGAAAAUCUUUCAGUUCUAUUGAGGAACGCGAUUUACACCAGAAAGUUAAACACGAUGCUGUAAUUAAAUGUAUGACCUGUGGACGGCAAUUCACAAGUGUGAGAAGUAAACAGAGACACGAAAAAAUUCAUCUUGGGGUUAAACCUCACGAGUGUCACAUAUGCCUUCGCAGGUUUCUUCAGAAAGCACCAUUCUGGGUCCAUAUGGAAAAACAUCACGAUUUGACCAAGCUGGAUUUGAUCCGCCUGUUUCCAGAAAAACACAUGGAUAAGAAUCGACAACACCUGUUUAAAGAGAUGCAGGUUACAGAACAAUUCGAGACAGAUACAAUGGAGACCACUGAUUAUUGUAAUGAUGAUAAUCAAUUAAUCGUAGAUACUAGUGAAUAAGUUAAUCAAUAAAAGUUACAAAGUU